AUGCUGGAUGGAUGCAUCCUCCAUCUGAUCCUCAGCAUUCUUCUCAUCUCUGUCAUACCAACCAGAGGAGUGUCAGGCUGGGAUCACGACCUCAGCUCAAACCAGCGCUUCAUCUGUACCCCCACUCCUGCACAUGAACCCUGCCUUCAAUCUACUGACAGCGGGCACCACAGCGGGCUCCACACCAGGCACUACAGUAGCCAUCACAGUGGAUAUCACAGCAGGAGUGGUGGCACGUCGAGGGAUGUGUCGGAUGAAGCCCAGUCCACCAUCCUGCACUUACGUGAGAGCUUAGUUCAGCAGAAGGAGACCAUUCUGGACCAGAGGGAGACCAUCCGAGAGCUCACCGCCAAGCUGGCUCUCUGUGAGGGGUUCGGGUUGGGCACGCAUGAGCACGAGUACAGAAAUGAGCAUAAGAAUACACAUGGAGACACACAAUAUGGACAUCACUACAGUGAUAAAACCACACAUGAUGAGAAGGACAUGGGUGUGGAUAUGAUGAGCCCAUCACCUUCAAGCUCUCCAGAGCAGAUGAGCCACAUGCUAACCACACUGAAUGAAAGACUGAAACAUCUGCAGACACAGAACACCUCCACUACGUACUCCGCCUCUCUGAAGGAGCUGCUGCAGAGGAAGAUCUCCGCCCUGGAACAGCAGAUGCUCCGAUUCGACACUUCAAUCAACAACGGUGACCAUCACCAUGGUGACGAUGACAAGGACCAAGAUAAUGGUCACAACACUGGUCAUCUUGACAACCACAAAACUAAAAACAAAGAUUACAAUGACAAUCACGAUAAUGAUGAGGAUGGUCACCAUGGUGAAGAUCACCACAACGACGACAACCAACACCACAAUGGUCACCAGAAAAACAGUCACCAUGACGACAAUGAGGACACUAGGCAGGAUAACCCAAAGGUCUUGCAAGAGCGUAAAAUGGCCCACAACAAGCUGGACGAAGUGCUGAAUCAUUUAACACAAACCCUCCCAUACGCAGGUCAGCGGAAAAUCAGUAAAUCCUCCAGAAGUUUUCAGAUCGGGUUCCCCAUGAGCACCAACUACAUGUACGGCCACGUGAAGAGAACCCUGACCCGUGAGAUCCUCGGAAUGACACUGUGUCUGUGGCUGAAGGCUGGAGCCUCAAGCAUGGGCACGCCCAUCUCCUACUCAGCACCGGGCCAAGCUAACGAACUGGUACUGAUUGAGUGGGGGGGCAAACCCAUGGAGCUGCUCAUCAAAGAUAUGGCAGUGACUUUACCUCUCUCACUGCAUGAUGGGAAAUGGCACCAUGUGUGUGUGGUGUGGUCGGCAAGGGACGGAGUGUGGGAGGUUUAUCAGGACGGAUUAAAGAGAGGAUCGGGGGAAAAUCUUAAUUCCUGGCAACCAAUCAAACCUGGAGGAGUGUUUAUACUGGGACAGGAACAGGACUCACUGGGUGGGAGGUUCGACGCCACUCAGGCAUUUGUUGGUGAAAUGUCGGACCUUCAGUUCUGGUCUCGCACCCUCACACAUGAUGACAUCUACAGUCUUGCGUCAUGCAGAAGUCACAUGGCUGGUGAUGUCAUUUCCUGGGCGGAGUCGAUGGUGGAGCUGCACGGUGGAGUCACCAAGUAUCCAUUUGACCCCUGCCACUGA